AUGAGGGAUCAUCGCUCAUAUAAGGAGGUCUCCACCCAUUCCCACCCUUACCAGAAUACAUCUCACCCAAAACCUCCAACCCCAAAACCUUCACCCACUAACACUAUCCAACCUAAUCAACUCUUUGAACCAAUACCUGAACACUUUGAAAAAGAAAUAAGCAAACUACGUGAAGAAAGCUCGAAGCUGCUGGGGCAAGACACCGUAAAAACAAGAGAUCAGAUUACCUUGGAGGAUUUUGAUGGUGAGCAGUUAAUAGCAAUUAAAGGGAAGGUGAGUCAGGAAAAUGAGGAGCUCUUCAGUAGAAGUGCCAUUGGGAUUGCUAAUUCCUCUUCUACAUCUGAAGUCAUUCAUGAACAUAUUCUAGCGGAAGGUGUGAAUUGUCUACGGGUUAAACCACUUGGAGGUAUGGCUCAUUUGAUUAUAUUUGACUCAAUAGAAGACAAAGAAGCAAUGAUUGGGAGUCAAUGGCUCCUUAGAUGGUUCAAUAAUAUCCAAAAUGUGCAUGGGGACUGUACGACUCAAUGGAGACAGGCCUGGAUUACUAUCUAUGGUGUUCCUCUAUCAGCAUGGAGUUACGAAAACUUUUUUCAAAUUGGGAAUAUUUAUGGCAGAGUGCUUUCAGCUGAGUACUCGAGGAUGGAUUAUGCAAAAGUCUUGAUUUUCACAGAUUGCUUCUUCCAAAUUAAUAAUCCACUCAUUUUUACCUUGGAAGAAAGGAAGUUUAAGGUAUUUAUCACUGAAGAAUGCACUUCGUAUGGGUGCUCCAAACCAAUUACCCCAGCUGAAACCAGUAAGGCAAAGAUGGACCAUGACGGAGACAAAGAUGCAUCAGAUAUUUCCCCAUUCUCGGAGGAAGAUGAACAGCUUGAUGGGAGUCCAAUAGUCAAUCAUUUUUCAUCAUCAGAGAAUGAAUUGGAAUCCAAACUUGAAGCUCUCACUCCCAAAAUGGUAAAGUCUAUGUGGAAUUGGGACGACGUGGAAUUCUGCCUGAGUCCUUCAGAGGGGAACUCAGGGGGAUUAAUAUCAUUAUGGAGAAGCUCUCAAUUCCAGAUGUGGUCUUUUCACACCGACCGCAAUUGGAUCUCGAUCUCAGGUAUUUUGAUCUCAGAUGAUUUCCCUUGUACCCUUGUUAACGUGUACAACUCUUGUGAUGGUAUAGUAAGAGCAGGUACCUGGAGAGACAUUGUUGAAUUUUGCUCUUCCUCUCAAUAUCCUUGUCUGAUAGCCGGAGAUUUUAAUGAAAUCUUAUCUGAAAAAGAUCGUGGCAGUCAACUCAUUGACCUUUCAAACUCAGCACGUUUCAAUGACUUUAUCACAGAUUUACACCUUAUAGAGAUCACCCCAUCUGAAGGAUGGUUCACUUGGUUUCGAGGAACCUCUAUGAGCAAGUUAGACAGGUUCUUUGUUCAAGCAGAGUGGAUUACUAAAUUUCCUCUCAUAAACACCUCAAUUCUCAAAAGGACUAUAUCAGAUCACUGUCCUCUUAUAAUCAAAUCCAUGAACAUUGACUGGGGCCCCAGACCUUUUCGAUUUCAGGAUGUGUGGCUUUCACACCCGGGAUGUUUAGAAACCAUCAAAAACACCUGGUGUAAAUCUGAAGGGAUGUCUCUCAUGGGGAAAUUGAAAUGUGUUAAAGCUGAUCUCAAACUGUGGAACUUGCAAUGCUUUGGCAACAUUGACACAAAAAUAUCAUCCCUCGAAACAGAAAUUCAGGAAUGGGAUGACUUGGCCAAUUCUCGAACCUUGAAUGAAGAAGAGGCGAAGAUGAGAUCCUCUGUACAGGCGGAACUUUGGAGUUGGCUAAAAAAGAAAGAGAUCUUUUGGGCUCAGAACUCUCGAGUGCAAUGGCUAAAACAUGGUGAUAAGAAUACGAAGUUUUUCCACACUCUUGCCUCGAUUCGCAAAAAUAGAAACAGCAUCUCCUCACUUGAAAUUGGUGGAUCCAAACUAGAGACUCCAGAUGAAAUACGAUCAGCUGCAUUGGAAUAUUUCACAAACCUGUUCAAAGAAGAAUCUUUUCAAAGACCGAUUUUUCAGGGGCUGGAUUUUAUGAAACUUUCUGAUCAGCAGGCAGCAGACCUUAUUGAACCAAUCUCUAACCAGGAAAUCGAUAAUGCGGUUGCAUCAUGUAAUCCAUCAAAAUCCCCGGGGCCCGAUGGAUUUAAUUUCAGGUUCAUCAAAUCUUCCUGGGAGAUUAUUAAGGAAGAUGUUUAUUCCAUUAUUCAGGAAUUCUGGUUAACGGGGAAUCUCCCCAAAGGGAGCAAUGUAGCCUUUAUUGCGUUAAUUGCAAAGACUGAAAAUCCUAGAGGUUUCAAGGAAUACAGGCCAAUCAGCAUGGUUGGCUGUAUUUAUAAAAUUAUAGCCAAGAUUCUGGCCCAUAGACUCAAACGAGUGAUGAACCACUUAGUUGGGCCUCACCAAUCUUCCUUCAUUGAAGGAAGAAAUAUUCUUGAUAGUGUUUUGAUUGCAGGUGAAUUGUUGGAGUCGUGCAGGAGUUCCAAACUACCGGCAGUUCUUUUAAAGCUGGACUUUCACAAGGCAUUUGAUUGUGUCUCUUGGUCCUUUUUAUAUUGGACUCUGGAACAGAUGGGUUUUCCCCCUCAAUGGAUUCUCUGGAUCUCCUCUUGUGUUUCCUCAGCAACUGCCUCUAUUCUUUUGAACGGUACUCCUACAAAACCGUUCAAGCUUCAAAGGGGCCUCCGCCAAGGAGACCCUCUCUCUCCCUUUCUAUUCAUCCUAGUGGUGGAAGUGUUGAACCUCUUAAUUAAAAAAGCAACAGCGAUGGGUUUUUGGUCUGGGAUUGAGGUUUGUAAAUAUGGCCCGGUUCUCUCUCACUUACAAUUUGCAGAUGAUACAGUAUUAUUCUCUUCUCCGGAUCCGCAAUGCCUCCACAAUGUAAGAAAAGUUCUAAUCUUAUUUCAACUGGCUUCGGGCCUGCAAAUCAACUUCCACAAAUCUGAGUUGUUGGGAGUUAACGUAAAUGAAAGCGAAAUGCAAGAACUCGCUCAUCUCCUUGGUUGCAAGGUUGGAAGCUUUCCUCUCAUCUACCUUGGUCUCCCUAUUGGAGGGAACAUGUCAAGGAUGGCGGCAUGGGAUUUAUUGAUUGAAAAAAUGAAACUUAAACUUGCUGGAUGGAAAAGUAAUCUCCUUUCUAUAGGGGGCAGACUCACCUUGCUGAGGGCAUCUCUCGCCAACCUCCCAGUUUACUUCAUGUCUCUUUACCCUAUUCCUCAAGGGGUUAUUCAGAAAAUAAUUGGCAUUCAACGCCGCUUUCUGUGGAAUGGCGGGCUUGACAAAAAGGCCAUGGCUCUUAUAAAAUGGGAAUGUAUUCAACUUCCUAAAAUGAUGGGUGGUUUGAAUGUCUGCAAUCUAUACCUUCAAAAUCUCGGCCUCUUGUUUAAAUGGAUUUGGAGGUUUUUCCUUGAGCCCAACUCGCUGUGGAGACAAACUAUCCAAGCCAAAUAUCACUACUCUUCAUCCUUUAGAAUGGGAGACCUAAAUCACCUAUCCAAAGGCGGCCCAUGGAGAGGAAUUUGUAAUCGCAUUCUUAAUCACCAAGGGGCUCGUGAACUACUGGAGUUUGGUUCAAGGCGAAAAAUAGGGAACGGAGAAGACACUCUAUUCUGGCAUGACUCAUGGCUCACUGAAGUUGCAACUAAACAUAGAUUUCCCAGGCUCUAUCGCAUCGUUGUUUUCCCCCUUGCCUCUGUGGCUUCUAUGGGGACCUGGGCAAAUUUGAAUUGGGAAUGGAAUAUCGCUUGGAAGCGCGCAUUUAGACCAAGAGAUCAAGCUGAAUGGAAUGAUCUCUCCCUUCUUCUACAAGGGACCAUUCUCUCAAAAGACAAAAAAGAUCAAUGGUUAUGGCUUCCGAAUAAUUCCGGACCCUACUCAGUUAAAUCUGUUUACUUGGAGCUACAAAAGAACUCAGAGCCAUUACUCAGAGAAGUCUCUCAUAAGCUUUGGAAAGGUUUAGUUCCCUUCCGAAUCGAGGUUUUCUUAUGGCUAGUAUUACUAGAGCGAAUCAACACAAAAAUGAAAUUAGCAACUCACAACAUCAUUCCAAUGUCUGAUGCAUCCUGCUCCUUUUGCCGCGAAAAUCCAGAAGACGUAACUCAUCUGUUUCUCCUCUGCCCCUUCGCCCAAUCAAUCUGGAAUUGGUGGUGCUCUCUCUGGAAUCUAUCAUGGGUAUGGCCGCGAUCUGUUAAAAUGGCCUUCGAGCAGUGGAUUUAUCCCAGCAAAAACAAAUUCUUUCGAAAAGUAUGGCUUGCAUCAUUCCAGGUGAUUCUCUGGUCACUUUGGAAGGAAAGAAAUGCAAGGGUUUUUAGUAACUCUUUCAGCUCCUCCCAAGAGGUACAAAUUUUGAUUCUUCUUCGCCUAUGUUGGUGGAUCAAAGGAUGGAAGGAUUCUUUUCCUUAUUCCCCUGAAGAAGUAAUCAGAAAUCCAGAGUGUCUUCAAUGGAAGGAACCUCCUCCAAAUCACACAUGCAGUUUCUCUCUCCUCAAGGAUUCCUCCAAUUGGCCCAAGCUUCAAUGGAUAGUCGAAGUUUCAUGGAUUCCCUCUCAAAAUAGAUCAGUUAUUGGUGGAGCUCUUCUCAACAGGAAAAAAGAAAUCCUUUGUCUCUUCUCAAGCCCAAUUCCUCCAAUGGACUCAAACUCAGCUGAAGUAAUAGCAAUUCACAGAGCAACUCAAAUUUCCAUCAACAGUGAGCUGUAUAAAAAUCAACCCACUGAACUCUUCUCAAAAUCAUUAAUGGCAGUUAAAUGGUGUUCUUCUACCACUGGGGGCUCGCCAAACUUAUCUCUGAUGUUGAACUUCAUCAGAUCCGCCUCCGCGAGAGGACUCAAUCUCUCAAUUUCUCAUAAAGCUCAAAGCUCCCUCUCAGUCAAAGAUCUCAUUGCAAACCAUGGAUAUUUUCGGAAUUCUGAAUUUGUAAUAUGGAAGCAGACAAGUGUAUAG